GUGCGCAUUUUAAAUGCCGCUAAUUUCAUUGUAACCUUCAUAGAGCAUAUUUAGCGCAAAAUAAUACUACUUGUAACCUACAUAAUCUUUGUCUCAUAAAACCUGUGAUAAUGCCAGAUGUUAAGCUGAACUUGGUAGUUGCCAUGUGCAACAACAGGGGCAUUGGUAUAAACGGUCAAUUACCUUGGAGGUUAAGGGGAGAUAUGAAUUUUUUCAAGAAAAUUACAUCAGAAACAAAAGACCCAGAAAAGAAAAAUGCUGUCAUUAUGGGAAGGAAAACAUGGUUCUCUAUACCAGAGAAAUUUAGACCACUUGCCAACAGAAUAAAUGUAGUUCUCAGUAGAGAAAUGAAAGAUAGUCCAGAUGGAGCUCAUUUAUCUAGAAGUCUUGAAGAUGCUUUGAGUCUUCUGUCAACUCCACCUUUGUCAGAUAAAGUGGAGAGCUUGUUUGUCAUUGGUGGAAGUGCAAUAUAUGAGGUAGAUCUAUACACUAGCUGCUCUAGGCAUAUUAGUUUAACCAAGGAGUUAUAA